AGUUACCUGUGGCCGCCCAAGUCCGCCACUUUCUGCUCUGUGUCUGCCCCAUUGCCACGAUCCAGGAGGACUCCGCGCCGCCCGGCCGCCUCCGAGCUCGGGCCCCAUGUGAGGGCUUCCCCCCUAUCCCACCUUUCCGGCUAGGUGAGGGCGCGAGCGGGCGAGCGAGCGAGAGUGGUGAGGGGGGACGAAAAAGCAGAAUUACCUGUAGCUCUUGUUCUGCCAUCUCGGGCGCUCUCACACACCUUCACCUGCACAGACCUGAAAGUCCAGUUUCACCAGAGGCUGAGGCUCCAGGAAAAGGGGAGCGAGUUCAUUGGAUCAAACAUGUCACAAGAGUCGGACAAGUAAGUGGAUCACACGCGCCGGCUGCUGCUGCUACCACUUUGGGCUGAUGGCAACUGUAAUAAAAGACUGGUGGCCCUGGUGCCCAUGCCUGGUGACCCUGCAUUCAAUACCCGAAGAGCCUACACCAGUGAGGAUGAAGCCUGGAAGUCAUACCUGGAGAAUCCCCUGACAGCGGCCACCAAGGCCAUGAUGAGCAUCAAUGGGGAUGAAGACAGUGCGGCUGCCCUCGGCCUGCUUUACGACUACUACAAGGUUCCUCGAGACAAGCGACUGCUGCCUGUGAGCAAAGCCAGUGACAGCCAAGAAGAGCAGGAUAAAAGAAGCUGUCUUGGCCCCAGUGAGACCCAGGGCAAUUUGAGUGGAGCAGAGAACCGAGUGCAGAUCCUAAAGACUGUGCCAGUGAACCUUUGCCUUAACCAAGACCAUUUGGAGAACUCCAAGCGGGACCAGUACAGCGCCAACGUCGCUGAGAGCCCGGCCGUCAUCCCUGUAUCUGGAAUCGCUGUGGUGAAAGCGGAGGAUUUCACACCGGUGUUCAUGACUUCGCCUGUGCAUUAUCCGCGGGGAGACAGCGAAGAGCAGCGCGUGGUCAUCUUUGAACAGACUCAGUAUGAUGUGCCUGCCAUCGCCACUCACAGCAACUACCUCAAGGACGACCAGCCCAGCACGCCCGACAGCACCUACAGUGAGAGCUUCAAGGACGGGGGCACCGAGAAAUUUCGGAGCGCUUCAGUUGGGGCUGAGGAGUACAUGUAUGACCAGACUUCAAGUGGCACGUUUCAGUACACCUUGGAAGCUACCAAAUCUCUCCGCCAGAAGCAGGGGGAGGGCCCCAUGACCUACCUCAACAAAGGACAGUUCUACGCCAUCACGCUCAGUGAGACUGGAGACAACAAAUGCUUCCGACAUCCCAUCAGCAAAGUCAGGAGCGUGGUGAUGGUGGUGUUCAGUGAAGACAAGAAUCGAGACGAACAGCUGAAAUACUGGAAGUACUGGCACUCCCGGCAGCACACGGCCAAACAAAGGGUCCUCGACAUUGCUGACUACAAGGAGAGCUUUAACACAAUUGGAAACAUUGAAGAGAUUGCGUAUAACGCUGUUUCCUUUACCUGGGACGUGAAUGAAGAGGCAAAGAUUUUCAUCACUGUGAACUGCCUGAGUACAGAUUUCUCCUCCCAAAAAGGAGUGAAGGGACUGCCUUUGAUGAUUCAGAUUGACACGUAUAGUUAUAACAAUCGCAGCAAUAAACCCAUCCACAGAGCCUAUUGCCAGAUCAAGGUCUUCUGCGACAAAGGAGCCGAGAGAAAAAUCCGAGAUGAAGAGAGAAAGCAGAAUAGGAAAAAAGGGAAGGGCCAGGCCUCCCAGACCCAGUGCAACAGCUCCUCUGAUGGGAAGUUGGCUGCCAUCCCUCUCCAGAAGAAAAGCGACAUCACCUACUUCAAAACCAUGCCCGAUCUGCACUCACAGCCUGUUCUCUUCAUACCUGACGUGCAUUUUUCAAACCUGCAGAGGACUGGACAGGUGUAUUACAACACAGACGAUGAGCGAGAAGGCAGCAGUGUCCUUGUGAAACGGAUGUUCAGGCCCAUGGAAGAUGAGUUUGGUCCGACACCCUCUAAGCAAAUCAAAGAAGAAGGGGUGAAGCGAGUGCUUCUGUACGUGAGGAAGGAGACGGAUGACGUGUUUGAUGCUCUGAUGCUCAAGUCUCCCACGGUGAAAGGACUGAUGGAAGCGAUCUCUGAGAAGUAUGGGCUGCCUGUGGAGAAGAUCUCAAAGCUUUACAAGAAGAGCAAAAAAGGCAUUUUGGUGAACAUGGAUGACAACAUCAUUGAGCACUACUCGAACGAGGACACCUUCAUCCUCAACAUGGAGAGCAUGGUGGAAGGUUUCAAGGUCACACUCAUGGAAAUCUGAACAUUGCACUCGGUUUCCACGUUGGCAAGGCGCUCACGGUGUAUCUCUUCCCUGGGACGCAUGGGUCCUGCCCCUGAGCCUGGAGACUCAUCUUCUCCCAUCUCACAACGGCUGUUACAAGACCAUGCUG